CGUGUUCGCUUGGCUCUCUUAGUGCUUCUCGUCUUUUCAUCAUGGCUCCCCUUGCAGAUAUUCUACUACAAUUCGUACCCACGACAUCUUUUGUUCCAAUCUACCUCAAGUCGUAUAUUCCUGGUCAGACUCCCCUCUCCACAUGGCCCGUCGUUACUACCGCUCUUGCCUCCUACCUUGCAAUAAUCUUCGGUAUCCGAGAGGUUAUGAAAGACCGCGCUCCUCAGAGACUCAACACUCUUUUCCGGAUUCAUAACGCAUUCUUGAGUCUGGGCAGUGCCCUCUUGCUUGCGCUCAUGAUAGAAGAAGUAGCUUCCGUCUGGCUCAAAGUUGGCACCUACGCCGCGAUGUGCGCCGACGAAUCCUGGACCCCGAGGCUGGAGUUCUACUACAUGAUCAAUUACUACUUCAAGUACAUCGAGCUCCUUGACACGGUCUUCCUCGCUCUGAAAAAGAAACCCCUUCCUUUCCUUCAUGUCUUCCAUCACUCUGCCACCGCCUUGCUCUGCUUUACCCAACUUAAUGGCAAGACUAGCGUGUCUUGGGUUGUCAUCUCUCUGAACUUGACUGUCCACGUUAUCAUGUACUACUAUUACUACGCGACCGCUGGAGGUGCGAAAAUAUGGUGGAAGAAGUACCUCACCACCAUGCAAAUCGUUCAGUUUGUCAUCGACCUUUUCGUUGUGUACUUUGGAACUUACCAGCACUAUGCUAAUGCCUACUGGAAACACCUUCCUCAUGUCGCCAACUGCGCUGGCACUGAAUCUGCCGCUUUGUUUGGCUGUGGUCUCUUGUCGAGCUACUUGCUCUUGUUCAUCAACUUUUACAUUCAAACAUACAAGAAGCCUACCAAAGCCAAGUCUGGUGCGAACGGCAUUUCCAAGGGAAAUGGGGUGGCAAAUGGCAAGAGCCAUUAAGUAUUAGAUGAGGGUCGGCUAUUUUACUCUGGGGUUCAAUAGUUUUGGCUUGGAUUAUCAUACUAUAUAUACCCGUUACAGGUUUGCUAAUGCCUAGAUGAAUUUCCCACCUUUGUUUCUGCUCUCGUAGAAGCAUCUUGUUCCAUGUGUGUCGUUGCAAAGAUCUGUCUACAUAGCAUCAAUAAUCAUACCCAA